AUGAAUUUAUUGCGAAUAACUGCAUUCUUUUUGACAUCUAUAUCCUUCAUUUACUGUGAUGAGCAUAAUCAUAAAUAUGACGAUGGACAAGAGGUUGUCUUAUGGAUGAAUACUAUCGGUCCGUACCAUAAUCGGCAAGAGACAUACAAUUAUUUCUCGUUGCCAUUUUGUCGAGGAGAUAAAAAGGAAAUUUCACAUUAUCAUGAAACGUUAGGUGAAAAUAUUCUUGGUGUGGAAUUGGAAUAUAGUGGAAUUGAUAUUAAUUUUAAACGUGACAAAAGUCCGACGAAAUUCUGCGAAGUUGUUUUAACAUCAUAUAAAUAUGAACAGUUUUUAUACGCAAUUCAGAAUCAUUAUUGGUAUCAGAUGUUCAUUGAUGAUUUGCCGAUUUGGGGUGUUGUUGGUGAAAUGGAUGAAUCUGGAAAAAUUGUAUACAUUUGGACACAUAAGAAGUUUGAUAUUGGCUAUAAUGGAAAUCGAAUUGUUGAUGUGAAUAUAACAUCCGAAUCUAAAGUUCAAAUCAAACCAGACUCAAAACUAGUAUUUUCGUAUGAAGUAGUCUGGAAACCAUCACUAACUCAAUUUUCGAAACGAUUUGAUAAAUAUCUGGAUCCUGGCUUUUUUCAACAUAAGAUCCAUUGGUUUUCGAUAUUCAACUCAUUUAUGAUGGUUUUAUUUUUGGUUGGAAUCGUGACGAUGAUUCUCUUGAGAACAUUGAGAAAAGACUAUGCCAGAUAUGAAAAAGACUACGAUCUUGAUACUAAGUCAGAAUUAGGUGAUGAUUACGGUUGGAAACAAGUUUCAGGUGAUGUUUUCCGUUCUCCUCCACAUCCGAUAUUAUUCUGCUCACUAAUUGGCUCCGGUUAUCAAAUAGCUACCGUGACUAUUCUGUGCAUAAUUAUUACUAUUCUUGGUGAUAUUUACACCGAACGUGCAUUACUUUUCAGUACAGCAAUAUUUCUCUAUGCUGCAUCAUCGAUUGUGAAUGGGUAUGCAGGUGGUAGUUUAUACGCAAGAAUGGGCGGACAUCUAUGGAUGAAACAGCUCAUUGUCGGCGCAUUUCUUGUUCCAUUGACAAUAUGUGCUGUGUCAUUCCCUGUAAAUUUCAUUUCGAUAUACUACGGUUCUUCACGUUCAAUUCCAUUUACUGUUAUGUUGAGUGUUACGGCAAUCUGUUUAUUUAUUAUUCUACCAUUGACUGCCAUAGGAGCGGUACUCGGAAGAAACAUCAGUGGAAAAACAGACCAUCCAUGUCGAACAAACGUUGUACCACGGCCUAUACCACAAAAAAAAUGGCUCACCGAACCAUUUGUAAUCAUCUUUGCCAGUGGAAUAUUGCCGUUUGGUUCGAUAUUUAUCGAAAUGUAUUUUAUUUUCACAUCAUUCUGGGCGUAUAAAAUUUAUUAUGUCUAUGGAUUCAUGCUUUUAGUAUUUCUAAUCCUCGCUGUGGUUACUGUAUGCGUGACAAUAGUUGCUACGUAUUUCCUCUUAAACGCGGAAGAUUAUCGAUGGCAAUGGACAAGCUUUCUCGCUGGUGCGUCAUCAUCGAUGUAUGUUUAUCUAUAUGCAAUAUAUUAUUUUUUCUUUAAAACCAAAAUGUACGGAAUGUUUCAAAUCGUAUUCUAUUUUGGUUAUAUGGCAUUAUUUUCUCUUGGGCUCGGCAUUAUGUGUGGCACAUUCGGUUUUAUUGGCACUCAAGCAUUCGUCCGAAAAAUCUAUACAAUAAAGAUAGAUUGA